UGUGCUGAUAAUAACAGCUGCUUUUGUUCUUAAAAACCAUGAAGGGCUUCAGCUGCAACAAAACAGAUGUGUUCUAUGGGAAAAAGUAUGUUGUUGUUGUUCUGGAUGAACAUAGAAGAAAUAUAAGCAGUCCAGUAUAAACAUGUCUUUGUUUGCGGCCAGUGGUAUUUGAACGAGCGAGUCAUGAUGUGUUCUUGUGCUGCUAAAAUCUAUCAAAUGUGACGCAACCACACCCACACAGCACAGAUAAAGCAGAUUUAUUGUAUGCCAAAACUUUUAAUAAGCAACAGAUGUUUUUUACAAACUUCGAUGUUUGUCUCAUUUAGUCGUGAAUAUUUAAUACCUUUAAAAUCAGAACGUGCACCACAAUACAAUGCGACCACAAUGUGCGUAUUCACAAUUUCAAGAAAAGAAGAAGAAAAAUCCAUACUCUUUCCAAAAGUGCUUUUGCUGCCUCUCUUCCCAAACUCAUAUAUAGAUCUCCACUGAGUGCGGUGACUUCACACUCUGUGGGAAUAUUGAAAGUCAUUCUGGGAAAUCACUGAAGAAAUAAAUUCCUGUGGCUGCAUCGACAAAAGUCUCAAAUGAUCUCUUAAAAAAUAUCCAGCAGUGUAGCUUUUGUCCUCGGGAUGCAGUCGGCAUAUGGGGUGCACGCAAUGAAACUGAAGCGUGAUAAAGAUAACACAUUUAAAUGGUAACACACACAUUAUGCAUCUUGUAUUUCACCAUCCCGUCUCCGCCAGAGGGCCUUGACUCUUCUCGGGCCGUCAUGGUGGACCUGUUCCUAGACCGGGUUCUGGUGGAGAACAACUGGGACCAGGAUGAACUCAACACAGAGCGAGAGAUCGUCGGGAUCCUGGAAAACCGCAUCUUGAUGCUGUUCUUCGCAUCUGCGGAGUGCGAGAGGUGCCGGGACUUCCUGCCUGUUCUGAAUGACUUCUUUAAGAGGCUGAAAGAUCCCGCGUACAUUGAAUACCCCAAACUGCUCGCACUCGUCUACAUCAGCUUGGACCAAUCGGAGGCUCAGCAGGAUAGAUUCCUCAAAGAGCUGCACAAAAAGGUUCUGUUUUUGGCUUUUGAUGAUCCAUACAGGAAAGAACUGCGGGCCAAGUUUAAGGUGAAGGACGUACCGACGGUGGUGGUCCUCCGUCCCGACGGCUCCGUCGUCGCUCCGGAUGCUGUGCGGGACAUCUGUCGUUUUGGCUGCGACUGUUUCAGAGACUGGCAGGAAUCGGCGGAGCUCAUCGAGAGGAGCUUCAUGCUCAACGAGGAGUUCGACAACCUCAAUAUGAGAACUGCCACCGAGCCCCUGAGGAGACUCAAGUACAAGACGGAGGACGACAAGAGGAAGAAGCAAUGGUGGAAGCUAUGGGGGAAGGGCACGUGAGGAGGGGGAGGAGGAGGAGGAGGUG